AUGGCUGACGCACCUCGUGGACGUGGUGGAUUUGGAGAUCGCGGUCGUGGUGACAGAGGCCGAGGAGAUCGAAGAGGCCGUCGAGGACCUCGUCGUGGAGGAAACAAGUCGGAGGAGAAGGAAUGGCAACCAGUGACCAAGCUAGGACGUCUGGUCAAGGCCGGAAAGAUUCAGAACAUGGAACAAAUCUACCUACAUUCUCUUCCCAUCAAGGAGUACCAAAUCGUCGACUGGUUCUUGCCAAAGCUGAAGGAUGAGGUCAUGAAGAUCAAACCUGUCCAGAAGCAAACUCGUGCCGGUCAGCGAACUCGAUUCAAGGCUAUUGUGGUCAUUGGUGACAGCGAGGGUCACGUUGGACUCGGAAUCAAGACCUCCAAAGAAGUCGCAACUGCCAUCCGUGCCGCCAUCAUCAUCGCCAAACUCUCCGUUCUUCCUAUCCGACGAGGCUACUGGGGCACCAACCUCGGUGAGCCUCAUUCUCUCCCCACCAAGGAGUCCGGAAAGUGCGGUUCAGUCACCGUUCGUCUGAUCCCCGCCCCCCGAGGAACCGGUCUCGUCGCAUCCCCCGCCGUCAAGAGAUUGUUGCAGCUUGCUGGUGUCCAGGACGCAUACACAUCAUCCGCUGGAAGCACAAAGACUUUGGAAAACACCCUCAAGGCCACCUUCGUCGCUGUCAGCAACUCAUACGGUUUCUUGACUCCCAACCUGUGGAAGGAGACCAAACUCGAGAGAAGUCCCCUGGAGGAGUAUGGCGAUGUCCUGAGAGAGGGCAAGCGUUACUAG